UAAUAUUACUUCGAUCAUCAUAUAAUAUAUAUAUAUAUAUAUCCUAAGAAGAAGAAGAAUAAAAUGAAGUCCCACCCCUCUCAAUAUUAGGAUUUUUCUUGGUUGUUUCCAGGAACUUCACCAGAUUAGAACAUAUAUAGCUAUAUAUAAAUAUAGUUAUAUAACAUAUAACAUAGUUGGUUAAUAUUAAUACUCAAUAUAUCAUCAUGGGAAAUUGUUUUGGGACUACUCCUGUCAAUAAUCAUGAUACCCCAGGCACUACCAAGCAUAUAAUAAAUUCUCAUGAAACAAAGAAAUUAAACCCACCUGAUCAGAAAAAUGGAUUGGGAAAUAAUAAGGGUGGAAGUAGUAGUAGUAGUAAUAAGUAUGAAAACGACGAGAUUAAUAUCGAAACGACAACGACAAAAGGUAUGGCAAUUGGAAAAGUGAUAACACCAAACUUGAAGCUCUUCACGUUGGCUGAGCUGAAGAAGGCCACUAGAGACUUUCGACCCGACACCGUUUUGGGAGAAGGUGGCUUUGGAAGAGUUUUCAAAGGUUGGCUAGAUGAAAAGACCUAUGCACCCUCUAAGGUCGGUGUCGGCAUAGCUGUGGCUGUCAAGAAGUCCAACCCAGAUAGCUCUCAGGGCCUUAGAGAAUGGCAGGCAGAAGUAAAAUUCUUGGGAAAGUUUAGUCACCCCAACCUUGUCAAGCUUCUCGGAUAUUGUUGGGAAGAAAAUCAAUUCCUUCUUGUCUAUGAAUACAUGCAGAAGGGAAGCUUGGAAAAUCACCUUUUUAGAAAAGGGGCAGAACCACUUCCAUGGAGCACAAGGCUUCACAUAGCAAUAGGAGCAGCAAGAGGCCUUGCCUUCUUGCACAACUCUGAGAAGUCUGUCAUUUACAGGGACUUCAAAACUUCCAACAUUUUACUAGAUGGAGCUUAUAAUGCAAAGCUUUCAGAUUUUGGGCUUGCAAAAUCGGGCCCAGUAAACGGUAACUCGCACGUGACGACUCGUAUCAUGGGCACAUAUGGUUACGCUGCUCCUGAAUACGUAGCAACUGGUCAUUUAUACUUGAGAAGUGAUGUGUUUGGGUUUGGGGUGGUGUUGCUGGAGUUGAUGACGGGAUUUCGCGCCCUUGACACGAGUAGGCCGUCGGGAGAACACGUUUUAGUGGAUUGGGCGAGACCUUCGCUUUCGGACAAGAAAAAGUUGAAAAAGAUAAUGGAUAAAGGGCUUGGAGAUGAGUAUCCAAUAAAAGCUGCAUUCCAAGCUGCUGAGCUUAUACUAGAGUGCCUUGAAUCAGACCCUAAAACUAGGCCUUCUAUGGAUCAUGUCCUGGAGAAGUUGGAGAAAAUCAAUGACAUUAAACUCAUCAUAAAAGACAACAAGAAACCUAAACGCCAAGACCACUCUUCUUCUACUUCAACAUUUAAUUAUCGUCAUACUAAGUCUCCAAUUUCUCAUGGGGCCAAUGCGACUACUUAUCGACGUUAGUAGAUCUGUACUCCCCAUAAAAGAAAUUACAAGUAGAUCAUAAAAUAAUUUUAUAAUCUAUCUGUAUUAUUUGGUGCAUGUGUCGUUGAGUUUUAUAAUAUAAUUUUUUCUUCUUCUUGUAACUUAUUAUGAAUAUCCUUAGGAGUUGUAAGUAAUGCCAAAGUUGAAGUUGUUAUUUUUAGACUAAGUAAAUUGGCUAUAUGAAAUUCACAUGGAUGAUUUCCCCACACUUAAAUCAUUGGUUUCCUUUUGCUAAUUAAUUUAAUAGAAUUUUGUAAUUCACUUUGUUUA